AUGGGGGUGCCGAAGGCAAAUUUGUUCGGGGUCGACUAUCUCGGGCCAAACAAGAUUACCGAGCGGGAGAUUGCCAAGUAUCGAGCGGAAUACCGCAUCCCGGAGUCAGUACGAAUGAGGAUCCCAGGCCCUACAGAAUCCCUCAGCAAGCCGAAGGACGACGAGGUGGUCUUCUUUAUCGACGUCCUUAUCGGCUAUGCUCCGGGACAAUUUAACCCGAACUUCUGGGUGGCCCUCAUGGGAGUGAUAACGGCCUUCGGCAUGGCCGGUGAAGGGUGGCCAUCCUACGAGCAGUUCUCGCACCUGUACAGUAUCACAAAGUCCAAGUGUGCCGAUCACGGUGGAUGGGUACAGGCAAACUGUCUCAAGGCUACCGAGUGUGGCCACUUUGUUAGCUGGGUGCCGACUUCUCAAAAGUCAUGGAGGAAUCAGCGGGUGCUUCUUUCGGGUGACUGGGAGUCGCCUUCGGGACAGCCUGUCUGA